AUGGUAGAUGGACCGUCUCAAGAAUCUACAGACUCUUUAGAUACCAGAAAGGUUGAGAAUGAGCCAUUACCGUCAGCUUCGCCUGAUGAUGUUAAGGUAGAGGACAGAGAAUCUGAGCACAUUUCCGAAGAAUGUAAGGAUCCUGAAAUAUCUUCCGUACCAGAUACUGAGGCCACUGAACAAGAGUCUACAUAUGUAGGAUUCUCUGAAUCUGAACAAACUGGCCCUGGUGAACAUAAAAGUGAGACUAUGUCAGAAGACACUCAAGAGACUCCAUCUACAAACCUUGAACUGGAAGCUUCUGAACCUACCGAGGACAUACCUACAGAACCUGAACCUAAAGAGAAUACUCUAGAACAAUCUACUGAAACCGCUCUAGAGGUUAAAACUCUGGAUCUUUCCGCUAUCGACUCUUCACUUGAUCUAUUGGAUGAUGAAACCCAGAACGGAGUCCACUCAAAGUCGUACAUUCUCAAAAAUGAAAACUUUGAAAGAAUAUCAGAAGAUGGAAUGGAGAUUUGGACCGCUGAAGGGGGUGAAAAGCUCCUACUUCUGAAUCUUCACUCAAAGGGGGAUUUGGCUCUCCUCAACAUUUGCACAAAGAAAAAUCACAAGUUGAUGCUUGGAUACUUUGCCAAGAAUGGUAAUGGAUGGAAGAGUUUAAAGGAAGACGAAUUCGAUCAAAAGUAUGGAGAAAUGAAGGAGACAUAA